AUGCCUGUGGCGCUUGGCGCCGAUUCCCCGCUCCCGUAUUCGUCGCGUCCCUUUGGCGUGGCGUCUGUUGUUCUUGCCCCGCCGGUUCUGUCAACACCAGUGGAACUCGAGGCGGGGAUGUCUACCGCUGGUUCUCCUGCUCCCGUAUCGUGCUCCACGGUAGUCGGCUCUGCACAAGCGACGUCUGGCGUGGGGGGCUCGACGCCCGUGCCUGCCUCUUUUCUGGCGCCUGCGGUCGUCGUGGCACCUCCCCCUGUCCCUGUUGUUGCUCCCUCGCAUGUGCCCCCCCCUGGGGUGCUGCACUCGCCUGUUGCGGAGCAGGUUGACGCUGCUAUGAUGGCGUCUGCGUCUGGUGAGGCACCUCCUCCCGCGCCUGUUCAGGUGCCGUCCCCCGUGGCCGCCGUGGCUGUAUCGGAGGCGCGUGCUGCUGUGUCCCCUGGCGGGCUCGGCGAGUCAGGGCAACUCGCGGCGUGCGGCUCCGUCACCAACAGCUCCCCUUCCCGCAGCUCUCCCGGCGGUUGCACCGCUGGCGGCGGUGUCUCUUCCGGCACCCUCGGCCCCGGUUACUGGUGCACGGAUCUGCUACUGGUGCAGACGCUGGCGCACGGAUCUCUUUCACCUGUUCCUGCGGAGUCCCUGCUUGACGGCCUGCGAGAUGACUGUCUUGACGCGGUUGACCAGAUUGCCCUCCUCCUGGAACAUGUGUUGGCCGCGCCCGUGCGGGGAGGCGUUGGGGCUGUGGGGCAGCUGGAUGUGGCUGUGCGGCGGAGGUACCUGUGGGCAGGUUCCAGAGCCGACGCGAUUGUCGCAACCAUUCUGGUGGUCCACUCGGUGUGGCAGACGAUGACAGGCAUUCUGAAUGCCCUGCAGGCCGAUCGCAUGUAG